AUCGACUCUUUGUUUGUCCGAUUCUAUCUCUCUCUUUAGAAACUUUAUCUAGUCUCUUCGAACUUAAUCUUAACGACGAUGGUGCCGGUUACGAUCAACUCUCCACCUAAACCUGAAUCAUCCGAAGAAGAACUCAGCGACUCCCAAGUUUCCAACUCAUCGGAAGACGACGACUCAAUGGAAGACGAACCAUCAGACUCUGAAAACAACAAUGGAGUUGUUACAGAAACUGAGGCUAAUGGUAUUAAAGAUGAGUUUUGGGCUCGGUAUCCAUCUUUGAAGAUGUUUUUAAGUAAGGAGAUGGUCAAAGAAUUUAUUUCUGAAGAGUAUAUUUUGGAGAAAGGUAAGCUUAUUGGAGAUAAUAAGGCCAAAGAAUUGAAUGAAAAAUGUGAGGUUUUGUUUAUCAAGGAGAUAGAGCAUCUCAUCAACAAAUAUCGCUUCAUGGCUGAUGUUUUGGAGUUGUUGUUUUUGUGAGAACUUUUCGAUAGUGACGUGCAUGGCUUGAGUUUGAUUUUCUCGUUUUUAUUUAUGUUAUAAUUAUUGUGUUCCAUCUAUGAAUGUAAAAGAUUUAUGAAGGAUUCGAUUUUUUUCUCUUUUUUUAAAGAUUAUUAUAAACGUCUUUCAUAACC